UAGGUUAAGGGAAGGGAAGUGAAGGCACCCCGGGAAUUCCUGGCAUUGGUUCUGACUUCCAUCGUAGAGAAAGGGAGGGAGAGAAAAGAAAAGAAAGAUAGAGAAAGAGUGUUUCUCUCUCCGUGGCCUAAAACCCUGUCUUUCUCUUUCUCUCUCCUCUUCUCUCUCUCCCAUUCUCUCCUCCACUUUCUCUUUCUUAUAAAAUCAAAUUUCUCUCUCUGAAACAAGGUUUCUCUCUCUAGAUUUUGUUUUGUCCUUUCUUGAUCUGCAACUCUCCAGCUGUUGUUCUUCUUGUUUCUUUGUCUCUCUGGUCGAAUGGGUCUUUGCUAAUUUUUGCUCUAGAUGAACCAGCCUCAUGAUAGGCUUUAGAAAAGAAAUUGUUUGAAAGGGACGCCUUUGAUAUCUGCAUUGAAGGCAGGGCUGUGGAUUUCCCUUUCUGCUGUUUUUGAGUCAAUUACAGCUGCUCUGAGUUAAAAAUUUAAAAGAUGGGACGAAGUAGGAUAAGGUCGAAGCUCCGUCGGAGCCAUUUUCACCCAUUCUCGUGCAUGAGACCAAGAACAGAAAAUGAUGAUGGACCACAUCCUAUUGAAGGCCCUGGAUAUUCAAGAAUUGUUCACUGUAACCAACCCCGUAUGCACAGGAAAAAGCCCUUGAAAUAUUGUUCAAAUUACAUAUCCACCACAAAAUAUAAUGCAGUCACCUUCCUGCCUAAGGCGCUCUUUGAGCAGUUCCGGCGGGUUGCCAAUAUCUACUUUCUUUUGGCUGCAAUUCUUUCACUUACACCUGUUGCCCCAUUCUCUGCUGUGAGUAUGAUUUUUCCUUUGGCUUUUGUUGUUGGUAUCAGCAUGGCAAAGGAAGCUUUGGAAGAUUGGCGUAGAUUUAUGCAGGAUAUGAAGGUUAAUUCCAGGAAAGCUAGUGUUCAUAAAGGGGAUGGGGUUUUUGGUUUUAAGCCAUGGCAGCAGAUUCAAGUUGGUGAUGUGUUGAAAGUGGAAAAGGAUCAGUUUUUUCCAGCUGAUUUGCUUUUAUUGUCCAGUAGUUAUGAAGAUGGAAUUUGCUAUGUGGAGACUAUGAAUUUAGAUGGUGAGACGAACUUGAAGCCGAAGAGGGCUUUGGAGGUAACCUUGCCUCUUGAUGAUGAUGAGGUUUUCAAGAAUUUUACAGGAAUGAUAAAAUGCGAAGACCCAAAUCCCAGUCUUUACACCUUCAUUGGUAAUUUUGAUUAUGAGCGUCAGGUUUAUGCUCUUGACCCUAGUCAGAUUCUCCUUAGAGAUUCCAAACUCAGGAAUACAGCCUUUGUUUAUGGGGUUGUUAUAUUCACUGGUUUUGACAGCAAAGUCAUGCAGAACUCAACAAAGUCCCCUUCAAAGAGGAGCAGAAUAGAAAGAAAAAUGGAUAAAAUUAUAUACGUCCUUUUCAGCCUCCUAUUAUUGAUCUCAUUAAUAAGCUCGAUCGGUUUUGCAGUGAAGAUAAAGCUUCAAAUGCCAGAUUGGUGGUACAUGCAACCGUCAAAACCUGAAAAUUUGUAUGAUCCCAAUGCCCCUGUCAAGUCAGGUCUUGCCCAUCUGAUCACUGCUCUCAUCCUUUAUGGGUAUUUAAUACCCAUCUCUCUUUAUGUUUCAAUUGAGGUUGUGAAAGUUUGUCAAGCAAGGUUUAUUGAUGAAGACCGGAGCAUGUAUGACGAGGAAACUGGCAAUACUGCUCAAGCACGAACAUCAAACUUAAAUGAGGAGUUGGGCCAAGUGGACACGAUCCUUUCUGAUAAAACUGGCACUUUGACCUGUAAUCAGAUGGAUUUUCUUAAGUGUUCCAUAGCUGGUAUUGCAUAUGGUGUGCGCUCCAGUGAAGUUGAACUUGCUGCAGCGAAACAGAUGGCCAUGGACCUUGAGGAGCACGAUGCAGAAAUGGCUAAUGGUUCCAGGCAUACAAAUCGAGAUAGUAAUUCAUGGGAGAAAAGCAGUGGAGCACCAGAAAUUGAACUGGAGACUGUCAUUACUUCUAAGGAUGAAAAGGAUCAGAAAGGAGCGAUAAAGGGGUUCAGUUUUGAAGACAGCCGUUUAAUGGAUGGAAAUUGGUUGAAGGAGCCCAAUACAGAUGUGAUUUUGUUAUUUUUUAGGAUAUUAGCAGUUUGCCAGAGUGCGGUUCCAGAGCUCAAUGAAGACACUGGAGGCUUCACAUAUGAAGCAGAAUCUCCUGAUGAAGGGGCCUUUCUCGUUGCAGCUAGAGAAUUUGGUUUUGAAUUUUGUAAAAGAACUCAAUCAAGUGUGUUUAUCAAUGAAAAACAUGCUCGAUCAGGACAGUAUGUGGAAAGAGAGUUCAAAAUUCUCAAUUUGUUGGAAUUUACUAGCAAAAGGAAGCGAAUGUCUGUAAUUUUGAGAGAUGAGGAUGGACAGAUUCUACUCUUCUGCAAAGGUGCUGACAGCAUCAUUUUUGACCGGCUAGCAAAGAAUGGAAGAACAUAUGAGGAAUCUACUACUAGACACUUGAAUGAAUAUGGUGAAGCUGGGUUGCGGACAUUAGCACUUGCAUACAAAAAGCUUGAUGAGGCCGAGUAUACUGCAUGGAAUAAUGAGUUUGUUAAAGCCAAAACUUCUAUAGGUGCUGAUCGAGAUGUAAUGCUUGAGCGAGUGGCAGAUGUUAUGGAAAGGGAAUUGAUUCUUGUGGGUGCUACUGCUGUGGAGGACAAAUUACAAAAAGGGGUGCCCCAGUGCAUAGAUAAACUUGCCCAAGCUGGUCUCAAAAUCUGGGUUUUGACAGGGGAUAAGAUGGAAACUGCAAUCAAUAUCGGAUAUGCUUGUAGUUUGCUUCGCCAGGGAAUGAAGCAGAUUUGUAUUACAGUGACAAACUCAGAUACAAUAGCCCAAGAUUCCAAACAAGCUGCAAAAGAUAAUGUUUUGAAUCAAAUCACCAAUGCCUCUCAAAUGAUUAAGCUAGAAAAGGAUCCACAUGCAGCAUUUGCAUUAAUUAUUGAUGGGAAAACUCUGACGUUUGCUCUGGAGGAUGAUAUGAAGCACCAGUUCUUGGGAUUAGCAGUUGAUUGUGCAUCUGUCAUAUGCUGUCGUGUCUCUCCCAAGCAGAAGGCAUUGGUAACACGGUUGGUGAAAGAUGGAACUGGAAGAACCACCUUGGCAGUAGGUGAUGGUGCAAAUGAUGUUGGAAUGAUUCAAGAAGCUGAUAUUGGGGUUGGCAUCAGUGGAGUGGAAGGUAUGCAGGCUGUGAUGGCUAGUGAUUUCUCUAUUUCCCAGUUUCGGUAUUUGGAAAGACUUCUUGUGGUCCAUGGACACUGGUGCUACAAGAGAAUUGCUCAGAUGAUUUGCUAUUUCUUCUACAAAAACAUAGCAUUUGGUCUCACCCUGUUUUACUUCGAGGCAUUCACAGCCUUUUCUGGGCAAUCAAUUUAUGAUGACUGGUUCAUGUUACUGUUCAAUGUCGUUCUUACCUCACUGCCUGUUAUUUCACUUGGAGUUUUCGAACAAGAUGUUUCUUCUGACGUCUGCUUACAGUUCCCAGCACUGUAUCAGCAAGGACCCAAAAAUCUGUUCUUCGACUGGUAUAGGAUACUGGGAUGGAUGGGCAAUGGUCUCUAUUCCUCUCUUGUUAUUUUCUUCCUCAAUCUUAUCAUCCUCUUUGAGCAACCAUUCCGCGCUGAAGGUCAAACUGCUGAUAUGUCUGCUGUGGGCACCACCAUGUUCUCUUGCAUCAUCUGCGCUGUCAAUUUCCAGAUUGCACUUACAAUGAGCCACUUCACAUGGAUUCAACACCUUUUCGUCUGGGGCAGCAUUGCAGCUUGGUUCUUGUUUCUCUUGCUUUAUGGGAUGUUAUCUCCAAUUUAUUCUGGGAAUGCCUACCAAAUUUUAGUGGAAGCCCUUGGUCCAGCACCUUUAUACUGGUGUUCUAUCUUAUUAGUAACAGUGACAUGUAAUUUGCCUUACCUGGUUCACAUAUCAUUUCAAAGAUGUAUCCAUCCAAUGGAUCAUCAUAUCAUCCAAGAAAUCAAGUACUAUAGGAAGGACGUCGAGGAUCAACACAUGUGGAGAAGAGAACGGUCAAAGGCAAGACAAGAAACCAAGAUUGGAUUCACAGCAAGAGUGGAUGCAAAGAUCAGACAGUUAAAGGGAAGGCUGCAUAAGAAACAUUCAACGUUGCCGCCUAGUUAUGCAUCCUCACCAUCAUAGUUUAAUAUUUUUCAGUUAUUUUUCUUCUUCUUUUUUAAGUUUUUAGGGUUAUUUAGCCGUUUGCAGUUUUCUAUCAUGGCCCCUGUAACCAUUCAUUUUGCAAUUAAUUUUUUAUCUGGUUAAGUGGACUUUGUUCAAGUCCCAUUCAUUAUACAAAAGCAUUCGACCCUUUGUAUGUACACUACCUACAACAUUUAAGAAGUUAACAGCUUGUGAAAAUAGUUUAUAUGUAACAUUGCUAUUCUUUUUCCCCCAUUUCUUUCUGACUAUUUGAUCGAAGACGACAUUGUUUCC